GGGAUGUGGCAUAAAUCUCGCGUGAAACCUUGUUGCCGGAACAGCAGGGAAGAGGCAACAGGAUAGCAGCACGAAAGAUACACAGGAUACACACGGAAUUCGAACGAAUUUGAAGACCUCGAAGAACGAACCCUUUUAGUUUGAUGGACGUCCUUAUCAGUCUAUGGUCUAACUUAUGAACGUGUCGGGUCAACGUCAACAAUAAUGUAACAAUAAGAUCAGUGUGCGCCUUACGCAAGCAUCGCUUGCACUGGAUGGCCACGAUGGAGAGGAGUGAGGAACCGAUGAUGUGCUGGGCAGUUUUCACCACCCUCUGCAGUGCUUUUCGGUUGUAGGCAGAGCAGUUGCCAUACCAAACUGUGACACAUUUGGUGAGGAUGCUCUUGAUGGUGCUGCGGUAGAAGUUCACAUCUGAGGAGACAGGUGGACUUUAUUUAUCUCCUCAGAAAGAAGAGACGCUGGAGGCAAGUAGAGGGAAUGCCUGGACCCUGAGAGGACUAAGGCCAUAAUUGAGGCCACCCUGAAGCAGCUCCCAGGAUUGCUGGGCCAGGCAAUAAAUGCCAAAGUGACAGAACUGAGGUUCCAUAGCAAAAACAAAAAUUGAAUAAAAGAUGAGAAGUCUUUCUUCCUCUUUAUACUGAUACUGGUUUAUGUUAAGUAAAUGCAAUAGUGAAAUAUGUACUGAUCAAUGCUGAAAAUAUCAAACCAUAGAAUAUGACUAUAUUACAGAGAUGUCUGAAAUAUAUAGAUCAUGUGGUCAGAAUUUCCACGAAGAGUCAUGUGAUCAUGCUUCUUAGUGUAAAAUAUUUAAAUAAUAAUAUGCAGAAAAUAAGAGUGGCCAAUAUUGAAUAUUUACCUAGAUUUUAAAAUAUAUUGAUGAUUACAUGGACAUAUAUUUAUUUAACAUAGAUGGAAAUAUAUUUAUUUAACACAGAUGUGCUUACUGGAAUAUGUUCAAGCUUGUGGAUAUGUUAAGUCUCUGUAUGGAAUGGCUGUAAUCACAAUCAUCUUCAUCUGACAUCUGAAUUUGUGUGUCUGUAUAGGGCUGAACGGGGUUUUACAAAAGGAUGUCAUAGCUAAUUUCAUAAACUGUGACAUGAAACUAUAAUCCACAUUAAAAUGUCUCACCACAAAGGCGUCAACACAACCACAUAUCAUCUGCAUCACAUCGAAAGGUAGUAGGCUAGCCCGAGCCCAAGUCGUCCGCGAAGCUUCCAGCACAGCUAAAAAUACUGAAGCCUAUACCGCAUAGGUUUGGGGAUAGCCCUGCCCAUUGCAUCCCCUGCUGAUAACUCUGCUGUCCUGUACGUGAGAUGACACGGUAAUUUGUGCAAAUUCCUCGUAUGCCCCCCUCAGCCCACUUUGCGUCAGUAUCGCUCUGGAAAGCUAUAGUUACACCUGGCAUAAGUUGCGCUUAUGGUUGGCAGAUCCAGAGAUGGGUUUGACACAAAGUUUCAAGACGGAAGGGGGUACCGGCGGCUAUCAUGUUCAUGGGAUUCAAGAGAAUUCACCAGCACAAAUAGCGGGAUUAGAACCCGUUUUUGAUUUUAUUUUAUCAAUUGGGAACACCCGACUGGACAAGGAGAAUGACACACUCAAAGAUCUGCUCAGAGCCAAUGUGGAGAAACCAGUCAAACUGGAAGUCUAUAAUUCAAAGGCACUAAGGAUUCGAGAGCUGGAAGUUGUUCCUAGCAAUAUGUGGGGAGGCCAAGGCCUUUUGGGUGCCAGUGUCAGAUUUUGCAGUUAUCAAGGUGCCAAUGAGAAUGUCUGGCAUGUCUUGGAUGUGGAACCAAAUUCUCCAGCAGCUCUUGCUGGGUUACAAGCAUAUCUCGACUACAUUGUGGGAGCAGACCAGGUGCUGCAAGACUCUGAGGACUUCUUUUCCAUGAUUGAAUCCUGUGAGGGGAAGCCCCUGAAGCUUCUUGUGUACAACACUAAGAUGGACCAGUGCAGGGAGGUUGUGGUUACCCCCAAUGGUGCCUGGGGUGGAGAAGGCAGCCUAGGUUGUGGAAUUGGAUAUGGCUACCUGCAUCGCAUACCAUCACAAUGGCCUGUGUCAGUGCCGCAGCCAGUUUUCAAAGACACAAAUGAGGGAGAUCUUUCUGACAAAGACAGUGAGCCUGCAUCACUGGAUGCUUUAGACCAGAUUGAUCACAUCAAAGGAACUUCAGAGACUGUGGAAAUCUCAAUCCAGGAUCCCUCACGCUCUCCAUUUACUCUGGCUGACACAGAUCAAGGCACCUCUGAUCUCUCAGGGAUUGUGGCCAUAGAAUGGUCUGAGAACAGGAACAUGUCCUCAUCACCUGCUGACAACCAAAGCCCAUAUCAGGGGAUAGGACACGAGAGCGCUUGUGGUGAAGGAUGCGAGGCUGACUCCAUUGUGAAGGCACAAACUAUGAAUGAACCUUUGAAAGAUGCUCCGGGGGGCUCAGGUUUGGCGCCCCCUAGUGAUGACCAGACGAAAAAUGCUAUGCCAGAGAAUCUGUCUGAAGCUCCACCAUCAGAGCGGUUAUCAAUUACAAAUGGACCUCUCCCAAUCAGUCCAUGUUUUGAGGUGUAUGAGGUACCUGCAGUUGAGCAUGACAGUUUUGCUGAAAACAUUGUGGCACAAGUAGCUGCAGCGGCCGGCCAUACCACGUCAGGUCCCACCCAAUCUCUUUCUCUCCCUCCUGCUGAAUAAAGGCAAUACGCUUGACAAGAAAUGUGGUUAGGACAUGGAACACUUAAGAAGAGUGGCAGGUUGGAUGAACACCAAGUUGCCUUUCUGUUAAGGUCUACAGAACAUCUACAGAAUGCAGUGCACACCGAUCGCUAAAUAGAUAACAUACCGUUGAGGUUUUGAGAGGACGUGACAACUGGAAACUUCCUGAUAUGAUUUCAAAAGGGGAUUUUUU